AUGUCAGCAGUUCGUCUUGGAGCAGGAGCUCUCCGUGAGUUACGUCUUCAUCUUUGUCUUAAAGGCACAACCUCAAGUGGUGUUAGAUCUUUUAUUGAAAAUGAAUAUGUCAAUUUAAAGAAGACCAAUCCAAAUUUUCCUAUUCUAAUUAGAGAAGCUUCCGGUGUUCAACCAAAACUUUUUGCAAGAUUUGAAAAAGGAGUAGAAGAAGCUGUAUCAUUGGAAAAUUUAAGUAAAGAUGAUAUCUUACGUUUAAUUACUAAUUUUGCUUCCAAAAAGCCAAUCUAA